CAUCAUCAUCAAACAACACUUUCGUCACCUAAUACAAAUGGAAGUUUAUUUGGUGUUCCACGUUUACCACCGAAACAAACAACACCACAAUCACCAGCAUGGGAUUUGAUUUCAACUACAACAAUGACAACACCUAAAUGGAUUGCACCUGUACCUACAGUUGUAUCAUCAUUAACAGUUCCAACACCACCACCACCACCACCACUACCAAUAAGAUUUUCAUCUCCAGCUCCAUCAACAAUUGCACCAUCAACUAUUACUAUUGAUGCUCAAUGGAAAGAAGAAAUGCUUGAAAAAAUGCAAGCAUAUGAUGCUCAUAUUCAAUCAUUAAAUGCACUUGUUGCUCAACUUUUAGCUGCUCAACAACAACAACAAAGUUCAAUGUCAACACCAGCAAGAGAACCUACAAAAUGUGAUGUUGCUGUUCAAAGUGAACCACCAUCACCAUGUACAAGUGAUGAUAUUGGUGAAUCAGCAUCAAUGAUUAAAAGUAAUCGAAAUAGUUCACCAUCAUCAUCACCACCAAAAAUUGAACAAAUUCAACAUUAUCAACAACAAACACCAAUAAUGACUACAACAACAACAACAACAACAAGAACACCUUGUUCUGUAGCUCAAUUUCAAUCGCCACCUCCACUUCCUCCACCACCAUCACUACCACCAGUUGUUCGUCAACCAGAACCAAUUAUUGAUUAUGUAUCUCUUCGAAAAUCAACUGAUUGUGAACGACUUACGGUUGAAAAUACUUCUGUACCAUAUCAUCAUACACCUAUUCGAUCAAUAUCACCUUCAAUGUCAUCAGCACCAACUGAUCUUAAUCCAGUUGAUAUUCUUAAACCAUUUUUUCAAUUUAUGGCAAGUCAACAACAAAAACAACAACAAGAACGAGAAUAUCAAAGAUGUACAUCUCCAUUAAUGACAACAUCCAAAUCAUUUGAUACAACUAUAAUGAAAACAAUUGAUGAAGAAAGUGGUCGUCAAGCAGAAAAAAUGUCUCAUUUAGCUAAUGUUAUUCAACAACAACAACAACAACAACAGCAUGUUACAUCAACCACUACAACAGGUAUUAGUUUUAUUUCCAAUGGUCUUCAAAUGCAAAUUAUUAAUCAACAAAGUAGUACAACUACUGUUUAUCCACCAGUUCCUCCAUCUCUUCCUUCUUCAUCUACUUCUCUACCUUCAACACCUCAAAAUGGUGCACUUAUUUCAUCAUCAUCAAAUCAACAAUCAGAAAAUGAUCUAUCGAUUGAAGUUCGUAGUUUACAAAUGAAAUAUCUUGAUGAUGAUCAAUUAGCAAUAACUACUGAUUAUGAUCGACAAUCACCAACACCACCAAAUACAGUACGACAAUCACCUCAGAUAUUUGAUAAAAAUAUGUCGUUUGCAACACAAAAAUAUUUUCAAAAAUAUAAUAUUCUCUCAGGAUUUAAUCGUCAACAACAACAACAUUAUUUAUCGUCAGAUGACAAUGAUCUAUUAACAUCAUCUCCACCUCGUCAACGAAUGCUUUUACCAUUACCUCCACCAUCAUCACCACCUAUAUUUACACAACCACCUAUUCCUCAUGCUCCACAAGCUAAAAUACUCGAUUUGAGUCAAAUACGUAAAUUACCUAAAUUACUUUAA